UCCUAUUCCUAUCAAGAGGAUGAUGACUCCUGAGGGGAUGUGGAAAGUAAUAGCUACGUUGUCCGUAUUUGCAAUCUCCAUAUCACUCUACAGCCUCUGUCCUUCAUCAAGUUCGUUAUGGUACGCGGCCAUCGGUGGCACAACCUUGUACGUGGUGUUGCUGCUCAUAUCGCACUUUUGCACCAAUGUUCGCAUCUACAAGGCUAAUGAGCCUCCUCUACCUGCUACACGAGCGUCAUACUCUCUCAAUUCUCCCAUGGACACUAAACACGCGGUUUACACCUUAUUCUUUGGUUUCUUCUCUGCUUUCGAGGCAAAUGGGAUUGGUAAUUGGCCUGAUUCUCAACGUUCCUUUUGGUGGGUUAUUGUGUUUACUAUCAUGUUUGCUAAGCUUUUGUUCCCCAUGAAUGGCAUCUAUAUUUAGUAUCAAUCUCAUUGAACUGU